CCCACCAGAAAGCAGGAUUCUGGCGCGGCCAUGUUUCCUGCGAACGUAUGGACUCGGCCGCCAUACGGCCUCGGUAGUCAAAAUGGCGGCGCCUGAGAGACAGUCUGGGCUCUAGGCGGCCGACCACUUGUCACGGAGCCGAUGCGCUGGGCCUGCGCAAUAGGAGUACGGUGUCCGGGAGGCGCGAUCAGAAGCGGAAGUAGUUGUGGGCACCUUUGCAACCGCCGCGGACACCGUAGAAUGGUUUAGAUUCGCGGGUCGCUGGCGGGGACCGCGAAGGGGUGCACGGAGAGUCGAUAGAUGGAGGGGGAUGGUUCAGACCCUGAACCUCCAGAUGCUGGGGAGGACAGCAAGUCGGAGAAUGGGGAGAAUGCGCCCAUCUACUGCAUCUGCCGCAAACCAGACAUCAACUGCUUCAUGAUUGGGUGUGACAACUGCAAUGAGUGGUUCCAUGGGGACUGCAUCCGGAUCACUGAGAAGAUGGCCAAGGCCAUCCGGGAGUGGUACUGUCGGGAGUGCCGAGAGAAAGACCCCAAGCUGGAGAUCCGUUAUCGGCACAAGAAGUCACGGGAACGGGACAGCAAUGAGCGAGACGGCAGUGAGCCCCGGGAUGAGGGUGGAGGGCGCAAGAGGCCUGCCCCGGAUCCAGACCUGCAGCGCCGGGCGGGGUCAGGGACAGGGGUUGGGGCCAUGCUUGCUCGGGGCUCUGCUUCGCCCCACAAAUCCUCUCCACAGCCCUUGGUGGCCACACCCAGCCAGCAUCACCAGCAGCAGCAGCAGAUCAAACGGUCAGCCCGCAUGUGUGGCGAGUGCGAGGCCUGCCGACGUACUGAGGACUGUGGCCACUGCGACUUCUGCCGGGACAUGAAGAAGUUUGGGGGCCCCAACAAGAUCCGGCAGAAGUGCCGGCUGCGUCAGUGCCAGCUUCGGGCCCGGGAAUCGUACAAGUACUUCCCUUCCUCGCUCUCGCCAGUGAUGCCCUCAGAGUCCCUGCCAAGGCCUCGCCGGCCACUGCCCACCCAGCAGCAGCCACAGCCAUCACAGAAGCUGGGACGCAUCCGUGAGGACGAGGGGGCAGUGGCAUCAUCAGCAGUCAAGGAGCCACCUGAGGCUACAGCCACACCUGAGCCACUCUCAGAUGAGGACCUACCCCUGGACCCUGACCUAUACCAGGACUUCUGUGCGGGGGCCUUUGAUGACCACGGCCUGCCCUGGAUGAGUGACACAGAAGAGUCCCCAUUCCUGGACCCUGCACUACGGAAGAGGGCAGUGAAAGUGAAGCAUGUGAAGCGUCGGGAGAAGAAAUCUGAGAAGAAGAAGGAAGAGAGAUACAAGCGGCAUCGGCAGAAGCAGAAGCACAAGGACAAGUGGAAACACCCAGAGCGCACAGAUAUCAAGGACCCUGCAUCACUCCCACAGUGCCUGGGACCUGGCUGUGUGCGCCCUGCCCAGCCUGGCUCAAAGUAUUGCUCAGACGACUGUGGCAUGAAGCUGGCAGCCAACCGCAUCUACGAGAUCCUUCCCCAGCGUAUCCAGCAGUGGCAGCAGAGCCCCUGCAUUGCUGAGGAGCAUGGCAAGAAGCUGCUUGAACGCAUCCGCCGUGAGCAGCAGAGUGCCCGCACCCGCCUUCAGGAAAUGGAGCGCCGAUUCCAUGAGCUCGAAUCCAUCAUUGCGCGUGCCAAGCAGCAGGCUGUGCGUGAGGAUGAGGAGAGCAAUGAGGGUGACAGCGACGACACGGACCUGCAGAUCUUCUGUGUCUCCUGCGGGCACCCUAUCAACCCGCGUGUUGCCUUGCGCCACAUGGAGCGCUGCUAUGCCAAGUAUGAGAGCCAGACGUCCUUUGGGUCCAUGUACCCCACACGCAUUGAAGGGGCCACACGGCUCUUCUGUGAUGUCUACAAUCCUCAGAGCAAGACAUACUGUAAGCGGCUCCAGGUGCUGUGCCCCGAGCACUCACGGGACCCCAAAGUGCCAGCUGACGAGGUAUGCGGGUGCCCCCUUGUACGUGAUGUCUUUGAGCUCACAGGUGACUUCUGCCGCCUGCCUAAGCGCCAGUGCAACCGCCAUUACUGCUGGGAGAAGUUACGGCGUGCUGAAGUGGACCUGGAGCGCGUGCGCGUGUGGUACAAGCUGGACGAGCUGUUUGAGCAGGAGCGCAAUGUACGCACAGCCAUGACAAACCGGGCAGGAUUACUCGCCCUGAUGUUGCACCAAACGAUCCAGCAUGACCCACUCACUACCGACCUGCGCUCCAGUGCUGACCGCUGAGCCUCACGGGCCCAGAUGUCCUCACACCCUGCAUUUCAGGCGGGGGAGCUUGCCGGAAUCCUUCAUUUGUGUGUUUUUUUAAUGGUCCCUGAGUUUCCCCUUGUGUCCACCCACCAUUUGACUUCCCACCAACUCUUACCAGAAGGUCUCAGAAUUUCCUCCUGUCUUUGUCUGUCCCUGUCUCUUUCCAUUUUCUGUACCUAGGUGGGACUGUAGAGGCUGAUCAACCAUGUUUCCCUCCUUCCUGGUUUUGUUAAUAAAAUUUUGAAAAGCCAAGAAAGAUAACAACUGAUCGUCUCCAAACUUGACCCAGUUGCAACUGCAUUCCCAAACCCCUGGGGUAGAUGGGCCGUGGCACACCUAUACUCAUGAGGGGCUGCAGUACAUGUGUAGGCUGUGAGCAUACAGCUGGCAUCCACUUGGUGCAGGUUUCCCCCUUGAGCUGUGGGGAUAUGACCUGCUGAGGGAAGAGCCCAAUGACUUACCACUCACAGCCUGAUUUUGAGACAGUGGGUAUACAGUCAGCGUUCAUUUAGUGUGUGGCUAAUCAAUUUACUACUCCUGUGUGAGUGUUAAUAUUCUCCAGGCCAAAGGUGUACUCAAUGAUGAACCUCUUUCCCUGCAAACCCCUUUGGGGAUGUGUAUGCAGCAGGAGCCCACUGACUUUGUGCCAGGAACCCCACCCCCACCUAAUCUGGUUGUUGGGUCCAGUGGGGCCCACAGCCUGGCUUUCUGGGAUGGACCUGCCCUCAUCAGUUGCAUGGACCUAGCCUUCUGUUUACCUGCAGCGUGGCACUGCCUCCGUCCCCAGUUCCUGCUCAAGGAGCUGGGGCCAGCACAGUGUUACUUGGCUCUGCACUCUCCUGCAGCUGUUCAGCGGGGAGGAGAGAGCGGGACACGGAUAGUCCUGGGGAGACGUUCGCAGGGACUGGAGAGCAUCCGCGGGUGACCUCGGCAAGAGUAGGGCUCCAGCACAAAACCAGCCUUCGCCGUGCCUCCCUCCCGGUUACUCCUUGUGGAGACCUAUCAUGAGCUGGACGUGACUAUCAAAGUUGCAGUCUCACACACGUUUGUGUCUUUCUAUAAUGUCAGACUUUAUUAGAAUAAAGCCAUGGAUGUAGUCCUACUGACUAGUU